AAUAAAUGUUUAGCAGUUAAUCUCCAAAUACAUUUAUUCCAAAUGCUCAAUCUAGAUAUAUUGUGUCUCCAAGAAUUGGAUAAUAAUCAACAUCUGUUAAUCGAAAUCUCCAAUACAAUAAUUAAUUACUAGAAUAAGAGAAUACUAAUUCAAAUUCAUCAGACCAUUUACACCAUUUAACUAAACUCUAUUUUAUGAUGCUCAUAUCCUAUUUCAUUGCAUUGUUUAACUUAGUAAAUUAUUAAUACUAACUAGCUUGAAUUUGAAUCAAUGAACACAUUCUUCAAUCAAAAUGGAUAUUUUCUUUAUUUGUUUUUAGGAGCACUUUUGUUCAUAUCAAUUUUGUCUCUCAGUAUUGAUAGUUCUAUACUUUAUCUGAUAUUUGUAAUUCUAUUUUACUUUUUAUUUGCUUGCAUUAAAGCAGUAAAUAAUAUGAAUGUAGCUUUGAUGAUAAUUUUAACUUUUGGAGGAUAAAUAUUAGCUUAAUUUUUAAGUGUUUUGUCAGCUGAUACUGAGAAAGAUCUAUAAUUGCAUCAAUAAUCUUUAUAUAUAUUGACAAGUGGUUUGAUAGUAUUUUAAUUGUUCAUAACUUGUUUUGAUAUUGAUUUUUUUGAGAUGAUUAUAAUUCUUAUAACAGGUUUUGUUUUUGGGUAAUGUUUAUUGAUAAUAGUUAGAUUUUUUUUAGUGAUUUCAACGAUGAGUAAUGAAUCAAGAUUUGAAGGUAAUGCUUUGCCUGAAAGUGUGAGCAUAUAUACAAAAAUAAUAGUGUAGAUUGUGAAGAAAGCUUAAUAGAUAGCAUCACUUUAUUAUAAAGAUCCAGUGGAGAUAGAAAUAAAGUUAAUAGAGAGAAAUAAGAAAAUAGAUGAGAAUGAUUAUAAAUUAAUGAAUUAAAGUGAUGCAAAGAAUCAUGAACAUUUAUUAGUAUAAGCAUUGAAUGGUUUAGAUGGAAUGAUAGGAUUGAGUGAUGGAACAUUUAUUUAUAAGAAAGGGAUGAUAAAAUAUUCAGAUGCUAAAUAUGAAGAAUGUACAAUAGUGGCUAUAAUGAAAUUAUAAUGA